UAUGCUUCUAAUACCAUUGUUAACAAUGGAAACCUUUGAACCCCCCACCAACAAACUGUUUUUCGUUUGUCAAUAGUUUUCCAAGUCUUUUUUUUUUUUUUAUGUUUUUUUCUUCUUUGUUACAGCCAUGUUAACCCUUUCCAUGUCAGGUUUAACCCAUAACUCCUCGAAGGUAUCUUCGAGGCUGUUGGGAUUCGUGACGAGGAGGAGAGUUCUCGAGUCCGGGGAGGAGCAAGAUGGCAACACCUUGCCGGUGAAAAACCCAUCGUUUUUACGUCGGAAAGCGUUGUUUUUGCCGGAGCUUUUGAGGCCUGGGAGGAACUUUGGUCGGUGGAUGUUUUGGGGUUUGCUGCUGCUAGGCUUCAUGACGUUGCUCGCCAAGUUCGCCUUGGUGAACACUUUCCAGGACUUGAAUAUCGACGGGAGGAGAUUGAUUGCAACCAAGGUUGUGGAGAAUUCCAGCAGUGCAAACAAAGUUGUGCAGGAAAGAGGUGGAAAUGGUGGUGACUUCAAGGAGAUAUCCUCCCCAGAGAAGCUCUCGACUCCUGAUAUUUGGAUCAAGCCCAACAGUGAUUUCUACCAUAAAUGUGUUGACAGAUCAAGUAAUGAAAUAAAACCACCUUCAAAUGGUUACAUUCUUGUUCAUUCCAACGGAGGAUUGAAUCAGAUGAAAACUGGGAUCAGUGACAUGGUUGCCAUAGCAAAAAUAAUGAAUGCUACUUUGGUUCUCCCUUCUUUAGAUCACCAUUCCUUUUGGACUGAUUCGAGUGAUUUUAAAGAUAUAUUUGACUGGAAACACUUCAUUCAAUACCUGGAAGAGGAUAUCUGGGUUGUUGAUCAUCUCCCUCCUGCAUUUGCAUCCAUCAAGCCUCUUCCACGACCCCCGGUUUCUUUCUCUAAGCCUAGUUAUUACAGAGUUCAGAUGUCUUCUUUGUUAAAAAAGCACAAGGUGAUCAACUUUACCCACUCCGAUUCCCGGCUGGCUAACAAUGGCCUAUCCAAUCCUAUCCAAAGGCUCCGCUGCCGAGCCAUGUAUGAGGCACUCAAGUUCACAGAAGAUAUUGAAAAUCUUGCCAUGAAGUUGGUUGAAAGGCUUAAGGAUGGUGGCAGCCCUUACAUUGCUCUUCAUUUAAGAUAUGAAAAGGACAUGCUUGCUUUUACAGGCUGCAGUCACAAUCUUACCAAAGCUGAAGAUGAGGAGCUAAGGCAGUUGAGAUACAGCGUACGUCAUUGGAAGGAAAAAGAGAUUAAUAGUGAAGAAAGGAGACGGCAAGGGGUAUGUCCGAUGACCCCAAGAGAGGUAGCUGUGUUCCUUGAAGCAAUCGGAUAUCCUUCGGAUACAAAGAUUUUCAUCGUUGCAGGGAAGAUUUAUGGUCGGGAUGGAGUUAAACCACUUAAAGAGAAGUAUCCCAACAUACUAACCCAUUCAAAUUUGGCAACAGAAGGGGAACUGAUGCCUUUCAAGAACCACCAGAAUCAGCUUGCUGCAUUGGACUAUAUCGUAGCACUGGAGAGUGAUGUCUUUGUUUUCACCUAUGAUGGGAACAUGGCAAGGGCAGUCCAGGGCCAUAGGAAGUAUGAAGGUUUCCGGAAAACUAUCAGCCCAGACAAACUAAACUUCGUGAAAUUGAUUGAUCGAAUGGACAGAGGUGAAAUAUCUUGGGACGAGUUUGCUUCCAAGGUUAGGUUAUUGCAUGCUAACAGGACAGGAGGACCAGUUCCCAGAAGGCCUGGAAACUGCUCGAAAACAGAGGAAAGUUUCUAUGCAAAUCCAUACCCUGGUUGCAUCUGCCUAAAGCAAAGACGAAAAAGGAAAAAGUGUUAGAAUUAGAAGAUAAGAUCAAGCUCAACUUGGAGCCAAUGACAAGCAACCAUUGCUGUUUUAAGUUUAUCAACAGAUACCCAAUUGUACAUAAAGAGAAAUUUGAUAUGUUUGAGCUCAAGGGAGUCUGAGAAUUUUUAACUUCUCUCAUGCUUGAGCUGAUUGAAGCAAUGGAAGGCCUUAGUAUUUAGAAAAUUAGAUCAGGAAAUUAGCUAUACAGUGUAAGUACAAAGUGAGGAAUACCAUUAUUUGUUUGUUGUAAAAUCGACUCUUGCACCCUAUUUAUAUA